ACCCCUCCCUGUCUCCCUCUUACUGUCGUACAUCUAUUGGUAGCUUAUCCUUGACUCUCUUUCUCUCUCUCUCUCUCUCUCUCCCCUCUCUUUCUCAUAUCAGGCUCUCUGAUCAUCGCGAUCGUCGUCCAUUUCUCUGCAAUCUGAGACAAGUAACACUGGAGGCUCAUCUUCCUCGUCUAAUUCCAAUUUUGUAGGUAGUUUGAUCUCUUAGCAUGGGUGGAAGUGCAAUUGAUGAUGAUUGGGAAUUUGCUUCCCCUUCAAAUUUGGUUCGAACAGUUGUUUUGGUUGGACGUACAGGCAAUGGUAAAAGUGCAACAGGAAAUAGCAUCCUUGGAAGAAAGGCAUUUAAGUCAAGGGCUAGCUCUGCUGGUGUUACAAGUACAUGUGAGCUGCAGAAAACUGUACUGAAAGAUGGGCAGAUUCUUAAUGUCAUUGACACUCCUGGAUUAUUUGAUUUUUCAGCUGAGUCUGAGUUUAUUGGCAAAGAAAUUGUCAAAUGCAUCAGUAUGGCCAAGGAUGGUAUCCAUGCAGUUCUUGUAGUUUUCUCAGUGAGGACGCGCUUUUCCAAAGAAGAGGAAGCAGCUCUGCAUAGCUUGCAAACUUUGUUUGGGAGUAAAAUCAAUGAUUUCAUGAUUGUGGUCUUUACUGGUGGGGAUGAACUCGAAGAUGAUGAUGAAACAUUGGAAGAUUACUUAGGUCGUGAAUGUCCUGACCCUUUAAAGGAAAUCCUGCUGCUAUGCAAAAACCGACAAGUACUGUUUGAUAAUAAGACUAAGGAUGAAGCCAAGAAAGCUCAACAACUUCAGGAACUUCUGUCUCUUGUAAAUAUAGUUACCGCACAGAAUGGUGGGCAACCAUAUACAGAUGAGUUGUUUGUUGAAUUGCAGAAAGGGGCCAUGAAACUCCGCAAUCAGACAGAAGAGGUCAAUUCCUUGAAGGGAUACUCGAAAAGUGAGAUAUCUGAGUUGAAGGAGCAAAUGCAUAGGUCAUAUGAAGAACAAAUUAAGCGAAUAACUGAGAUGGUUGAGUCGAAGCUAAAAGAGACUACUCAGAGGCUUGAAAAGCAAUUGGCAGAAGAGCAAGCUGCAAGGCUGGAGUCAGAAAAGAUUGCUCAAGCAGCUCAGAUGAAAUCGAAUGAUGAAAUUCGUAAGCUGAGAGAGCAUUUGGAGAAAGCCCAAAAGGAGACGGAGGAGCUUCGCAGGCGAGCUGAAAGUGGUAGGUGUGCUAUCUUAUAAUUAUACAGAUAUUUUGGAUCACGACACACAAGGUCUGAAAGCACAAUGGCAGGAAAUGACAAAACAUGUAAACUUUACACAUUAUCUCUUAAGUUUGAGUUUGCUUUGCUGGUUCAUACAGCAUUCAUGUAACUAAGCCACCUAGUGUGUGUGUGUGUGGAUAAAAAGCUUGUGAUUAUGGUUGUUUUCUUAUGUAAGGAAUCUAAAUUACCAGAUUGAUAACAAAAUUGUGUUGUGUUAGGUUCUAUUAAUUA